UUCUUGUCUCCUGGUCUAAACUAUCCCAAUAUAAAAUGCGAUUUCCAUAGAAACCGCGUUUGCUAACAACAAUUCUAGAAAUCCUACAGUGCACGGUCCUGCUGACUUAGUCGACUUAUCUCCAGAACUGACGUCUUCCUGCGUUUCACCCUUCUUCGGCGGCUUUUCGAGGGCUUUUAGCAAUGGCCGCUGCGUCUUCCGCAUGUCAGAAGCUCCUCAGCAUUGGAACCAAGAUCGUCGCCGUCGGCCGAAACUAUGCUGCUCACGCCAAGGAACUCGGCAACGCCGUCCCUAAGGAGCCGGUAUUGUUCCUGAAGCCGACGUCGUCAUACUUGGCGAAUGGCGGAACAAUCGAAGUUCCGCACCCCUGGGAGUCGCUGGAUCACGAAGUGGAGCUCGCCGUCGUGAUCAGCCAGAAAGCUCGCGAUGUUCCCGAGGCCUCUGCUAUGGAUUAUGUUGGAGGUUAUGCAGUUGCACUUGAUAUGACUGCAAGAGAAAUCCAAUCUUCUGCAAAGGCCGCAGGUCUCCCAUGGACUGUAGCCAAAGGACAGGACACUUUCACCCCAAUCAGUUCUGUUCUGCCUAAGUCAAUGGUGCCGGACCCCAACAACUUAGAGCUGUGGUUAAAGGUAGAUGAUGAGAUACAGCAAAAAGGUCCAACAAAGGAUAUGAUUUUUAAGAUUCCAUUUCUCAUCAGCCAUAUAAGUUCUAUCAUGACACUUCUUGAAGGUGAUGUCAUACUAACAGGCACUCCACCAGGGGUUGGCCCUGUGAAAGUUGGCCAAAAGAUAACUGCAGGCAUAACGGACCUCGUAGAUGUUCACUUCAACGUUGGAAAACGCCUCAAGUCUGGAAAUCGUUGAGCCACUCCCAUUGCCUUCCAUUGUCAUUGGCAUAUUAGCAGUUGUAUUAUCAGUUCGCAUCCAAUGCAAAAUAUGACCUUCCCAGCGAUUGUUGAUGCAGGUCUUCUUAUCUUUUUGGCUAGAUGAUGAAUUGUUCAAAUGGAGCUCACUGGGCAGAUUAGAGUGGGAUUUCUUAUUAUUAUUUUUAUUGGGCGUGUGGGGAAGGUAUGUAAACUGUAGGGUAAAAUAAAACAAAUAAGCCUAAUUUUAAGCCUAGUUCUAUGUGUUGAUGUUGAGUACUUGAAUCUGCUAUUAGAGCCAAAACGAAGUAAUAAUAAGUGUGCUCUGUAAUUCAUGACCA